UCAGCGUGAGCGAAUAGUGAUGGUCCGCUGCAAAGUUUGGCUAGUGUUUUUUUCGCAGGCAGUUCUCACAGUACCUAUCAUCUCUGGGACUGAUAACCUGCCGCUACUACUCCCAUCAAAACGCUGCCUGUGCCCCAAGGAGGAUUAUAGAUGCGAGGUGACCUCUGGAGUAGGAGUUGCAUGGCGAACGGUUACAAUCAAUAGGACUGGAUUGUCUGCAAUAAACGAUGAGGACACUCUUUAUACUGAGGAAGGUGGCUUCCAAAUACGUUUUCUAAGAAAUCUAAGCAACUAUACAUCAGUUCUACACGUUAGCAACUUGAAUUUGAAUGAGACUGACAUCACUUGUGAGGGUGUUUACAUUGUUCAAAUGAGUAGACUGAGAUUGACUAACACUACCAUAAUAUGUAUAGCAGGUCCAGCCUCCCCUCCCACUAGUCUGUCAGUGGUGUGUGACUCCUCAUCAGCUGUGGUCAGUUUCCAGUCUCCAGUGUAUGGUGGAGAAUGUGUGGACUAUUAUGUGGUCACUGCUGUCAGUGGAGAGAGGAAUGUAUUGUGUAAUGCCACCAGUGAUGCUAGUGAAAGAAACUGCAGUAUUGAUCUCGGUGAUGGCAAUGUCAAUGACUAUAACUUCACUGUCCAUGGUGUGACUCGUGUCAAUGAUAGUUUUAUCUACAACGGACACAUUGCCACUGACUGCUGUUUGCCAAUUCCAGAGAAUGUAAGAGCUGUUGAAGAGGAAUGUGGUCAGGUCAAUGUCACCUGGAAGAGCAGCCAUAACAUGACAUCAGUCACCACAACCAUCAGUUGGCGUGGGAUCCACAGCAGUGGAGCCAGACACUAUGAGAGAGGUAGUUCUGAAGACUCUCAUCUACUGACAUUAGACUACUCUGAGACUGGACCAGUGGAAAUUGCUGUGACAUUCUCUAGUGCUGUCUGUAACAAAACCACUACACACUCCCUCGUUGACAGAAAAAGCUGUAUAACUGCAAGUGAAACAACUCCAACCCCAACCCCAACCCCUGGUGAUUUGGGUGUGACUGAGGCUGUUAAACCGACUGCAGAUUCAGAUGUCAUG